CAAAUGCCAUUGUCACAACACAAGAAAACAAAAAUACAUAUAAACAAGCAAAGCAACCUUUCUGAUAUUCAACAGCAAUCAACCAUUGUUUUUCACUCUUCUCUUUUUUUCUUUUUCUUUUUUCUCUUUAACCAAACAAACCCCAAGAAAAUUUCUCUUUCAGGGUGUUGAGAAGUGAGAGAGAGAGAGAUCACCCCAUCAAUGGAGAAUUCAACAAGGUUAGUUCAAGAGAACAAGAGCUUGAACUUCCCAUCGUCAUCGUCUUCUUCAUCUCCUUUGAAUUCUCCGCAUAGCAAUGGAACCAACAACAACAGCAACAGCAAUGGGGUUGUCCAAAUUCACACCCCACCUUUAACUCCGAUCCCCAUCUCCAGAUCUGAGGCAAACCCUUCAACAACCUUUGUGCAAGCUGACACAACUACUUUCAAACAGGUUGUCCAAAUGCUCACUGGUUCAUCGGAGACUGCUAAACAAGCUUCCUCGAAGCCUCCAACACAACAACAACAUCAUCAUCAAGAUCAAGGAAUACCAUCAAGAUCAUCUUUUCCCAUUCCUCCCAUGAAAACAAACUCACCCAAGAAACAAAAUUUCAAGCUUUACGAGAGGAGGAACAGUAACCUGAAGAACAACCUCAUGAUGAUCAACACUUUCCUGCCUUCUAGUGUUGCAAACAACGGUGGUGGUGGAGCUUUUUAUUCGCCGAGGAAUGCCGAGAUAUUGUCUCCGAGCUUGCUCGACUUCCCAAAGCUAGCUCUUAGCCCGGUUACACCAUUAAAUGAAGACCCUUUCAACAAGUCUUCACCUUCUUUAGGGAAUUCAUCUGAGGAAGACAAAGCUAUAGCUGAGAAAGGCUUUUACUUGCAUCCAUCACCCAUGUCAACUCCUAGAGACACCGAGCCUCAGCUCUUGCCACUCUUCCCGGUUACUUCUCCCAGAGUUUCAGGCUCUUCUUAAGGAUUCAAAGAAGAAGAAAAUGAUUAUGUUAGUUUGAGAGUGAUUUGUCAAGAAAAAAAAACGAAGUUAUGAAGAUCUUUCUUCAAUUGUAUGAUUUCAUCCCCCUUUGAUUAUUGUAAUGCUCUUCCUUUUCA